CACGAUUCAACUAAGCAGGAUGUCUGCCAACAACACGGCAAUUCCGUCGGCGUUCAAAUGUGCCGUGGACGGCAAGUGGCUCACAGCAGACCACUUCUCUCAGAGACAGAUCUCCAAGUGGCAGCAGCAGAAGAAGAAGCUCAAGGACGGCGUAACCCCCAACACCGUUGGCUUGAUUUGUAAGGAACACGUUGAGCAAAACCAGAGACAGAUGGAGAAUCGCGAAAUUCACUGCAACGGUCCUUGUGGGGCUUGGAAGCCCAAAGACAAGUUCAGUAAGAACCAACGCAACAUUGACAAUCCUUGGUGCAUGUCUUGUACCUUCUGGGCAACCAAUGUCGGUCGCCAGGAGGCUCCUAGUGCUCAUCCUGGGGUUGAUGGACACAGUCAAGAGACGCUCCAUCAACCCUCGCCAGUUCAGGAUGGAGUCGCCGAUGAUCGAGCUUCUCGCACCGAGGCCCAUGGCACUGUGACUGGUACCACUGCGGUUCGUUCUGCUGUGGCUCAUACCACUACAUACCAGUCGAGUCGAAUUACUUCAGACCAACAGCAAAACAUCGAUACUGAUUUUGAGAAUUUUAUGUCGAUUAUCCAAGAUGCUCGUACGUCGAAGACUCGCAGUACUACGCUUGGAGACCAGGGCCCUCCCCAAGAUACUUCUGUUGGGAACUUCGUUGGCCACACCUCGCUGAAAGGCGAAUUGGUGAUGAUGCGCGGACCAGCAUCUGGCCUUGCUUCUACCCCAUCUGAUUUACAAGGAAACACUAUCUCUGUUGAAGGGGGAAAACCGCAACUGUACAAUCAUGACCCCUUUGUACCUGGUGGUCGUCCGGCUGAGAAUUCGACGACUGCUGCAACACCCGAGCCGUUCAAGGCUCCGACAGUAUUUGACCGCCCGGAGAAAGAAGCGAAGGGCAAGUGGGCUAGGCCGGACACUCGCAAGGUUUUCUAUGCUGAACGCGUCUACAAGGCCCCGCAAGAGGAUUUCAACACCCAUGAUCCGGAUUGGGAAUCAGAUGAUGAAGUUGAAUUCUAAAAUCGUCAUGCUUUAGCCCAGAGAUUUCGCUUUUAUCUCCUUUCCAAUAUGCCACACCCAUGGUCGUAAGAGGUACUAGGGUACUACAUAGCACGGUCCUGAUGGGGCUCCUAUAUCCUGCUGUCAUUCGGACUUACAGUCUAUGAUUCGUUUAUCCC